AUGCGAUCCUCACUGUUCGCCGGCGCGCUGUCCGCGCUGGCUGCGCUGCUGCCCACCGCCUCGGCCGAGCGUCUCAUUGAGUCCAAGUCUCUGAACCCGUGCAUGGCCAACUCCAGCUUCUCGGCAACCCUCUUCAACGUCGUCUUCACCCCCGACAACAAGACGCUGUCUUUCAACAUCGUGGGAGUUUCGGAUAUCUCUGGAAAUGUCACUGCCGACCUGGAGGUCUUCGCCUAUGGCUUCCGCGCGUUGCAGAAGACCCUAGACCCGUGCGACAGCGCCGAUUUGAAGGGUCUCUGCCCGAUGAACACCGGCCAGAUCAACAUCAAGUCGAACCUUCCUCUUGAGGCCGACGCCAUCGAGAACGUUCCAAACAUCGCCUACACGGUUCCAGAUCUCGACGGCAAGGUCCAGAUUUACAUCAACGAUACUGAUACCGGCGUUCCGCUUGCCUGCGUUGAGGCCGAGCUGUCCAACGGAAAGACCGUCUACCAGAAGGGUGUUGGAUGGGCCACUGCGGUCAUUGCUGGUUCUGGUCUCGCGGCCUCUGCUAUCACGUCCGGACUUGGUCACUCCAACACUGCCGCCCAUGUCGCUUCCAACGCGCUCUCUCUUUUCGGCUAUUUCCAGGCCCAAGCUUACAUUGGCAUGACCGCCGUCGAGCUUCCCCCUAUUGUCGCAUCGUGGACUCAGAACUUCCAAUGGAGCAUGGGUAUUAUCCACGUUAGCUUCCUGCAAGAUAUGGCGACCUGGUAUCAGCGUGCAACUGGCGGAACUCCCUCGACCGUGCUUUCUAGCCUGGCAACCACUUCGGUCGACGUGCAGAAGCGAUCGCUUGAUGUUGUCAAGCGCCUUGCCAAGCGUACUCUGCAGGCGAGGAGCAACAACGAGGUCAACCAGGCCGAGACUACUAGCACUGUCACGGUCCACGGUAUCGAGAGAGUGGGUUUCCGCGCCAACAUCGAGCUGACCAACAUCUUCCUCACUGGAUAUGCUUUCUUCGUCAUCUUCGUCAUCCUCGUCGUCCUGGGAGUCACCAUCUUCAAGGGAAUCCUCGAACUUCUGGCCAAGAAUGGAAAGAUGUCUGGCACGAAGUUCCAGGAGUUCAGGAAUGGAUGGUUGACUGUCCUGAAGGGAAUUCUUUUCCGUAUCGUUCUGAUUGGUUUCCCGCAAAUGGUUGUGCUCUGCUUCUGGGAACUGACGGUCAAGGAUUCGGCUGCGGAAAUCGUUCUCGCCAUUUUCACGAUCGUCACCAUGGUUUGCAUUCUCGGAUGGGCGUCCUCCAAGGUCAUUCGCAUCGCGCAAAGAUCGAUCCAGAUGCACAAGAACCCAGCCUACAUUCUGUACUCGGAUCCGGUGUCGCUCAACAAAUGGGGCUUCCUCUACGUCCAGUUCAAGGCCACGGCUUACUACUUCAUCGUGCCUGUCCUGGCUUUCACUCUGGUCAAGGGAAUGUUCAUUGCCCUGGGACAGGGAAGCGGAACUACCCAGGCGGUCGCACUGGUCCUCCUUGAGGCCGGUAUGCUCAUUGCCGUCAGCAUUCUGCGCCCGUACAUGGACAAGAAGACCAACGCGUUCAACAUUGCCAUUUCGGCCAUCAACUUCAUCAGUUCUAUUUUCCUGCUGGUUUUCACGAGCAUUUUCAACCAGCCGGGUCUCGUUACUGGUGUCAUGGGUGUGAUCUUUUUCGUUUACAACGCCGUAUUCGCACUCGUUCUCCUCAUCAUGGUCCUCGGGUCCUCGUAUCUCGCGCUUACCUCUAAGAACCCCGACACCCGUUACCAGCCCAUGCGCGACGACAGGGGCUCGUUCAUCAAGUCUCAAACGCAACUGACGACGGAGCUUGACGCCUUGGGAGCGACUGCGCGCGGUGAAGGAAAGACGGGACCGUACAAGCGCACUGGCAUCGACGAUGAUGAGGAGUCGUUUUCGUCUGGUUCGCACUCGCAGCCGAAGGGCGCUGAGGCGGGUUACUACGGUGCUCCGCGCAGCCCUGUGGACCCAUCGGUACCGAUGUUCCCCGCCAACGGAGGAGACAACAGGACCGGCCCGCCGCCGUCGUACGCAUCGCCGAACGCGCCGGCCCGCACGGGCACCAUGGGUAGCGACCGGUUCAGGGCACAGAACAACGCCAGCCCAUGGCAGCGCGGUGCCGGAUACGACCAUUAA